GUUGUUGUUAUCAGUUCUCGUACAGGCUAUUAUGUUGAAAUUUUGGCGCUUUUUUUGCCAAGAGAGAUUUCAGUUUCUAUAUGGUUUUUUAUUCAUUGAUUUAGAUACUUAACUUCUAGAGUGUGUUUCGAAAAUCUAGAAAUGCAAGAAUUGAAUUUUGUUUUGUUAAUUCUUGUGUGUAGAAAGCUUACACUUGCUAUAAUUCAGUUCUUUCGAACUUAAAAAAGAAAAGAGGGUUUUAAAAGGAAUGGAAUCAUGCAUAAAAUGAAAUGAUUUUGCUAGAAUUUAAUUCAAUUGAUUUCUUGCACAUGAUUUAUUCCAAACAAGGCCUCAUGGCCGUAGUUGGUGAAAAUUCAGAAUCAUUUUAGUUGCAUUUCAACUUGACCUUUUCAUUUUGACUUUAGUUUGCCCUUCUUCAGGUCGUCUGCAACUAAGAACUAGGCAUUUUCUAUUUUCUUGGCUCAUUGGAUAGCAACGAACUGUAACAUUUUCUGUUUCUGGUUCUUUUCUUUUCUUUCUUUUCUCCUUUUAAUACGUUUCUUUAUUUUGUUUUCAGUUUCUGGGUGCUUGUAGAGAGCUUCAGGGGUCAAAGAGGAAGGAUUGGUUCAUAUAAGUUGGCAACUCUAAUUCUGUGCUUAUUGCUGGAUAGUCUUUCCAGAUAAUGAUCUCUAAUCAGAAAUGGAGGAUUUAUGUGCUCCUAUUAAUCGAUCAGAUGAAGGAAAUACUGUUUUGGAAAAUUUACUACCUACUGUUGCUUUAGAUCAUCGAUUCCCAGUUGAUUCACAUAAGGGAGUUGUUUAUCGUGAUGCACCAUGGAAAGCUGAGGUUGGACAGUGGCUUUCUGGUUGUGAUUCAAUUACUAAGGAAGUCAAAGUUGUGGAGAUAAUAGGUGGUAGGACGUGCAAAAAUGAUUGUAGUGGUCAAGGUGUUUGUAACCAUGAAUUGGGGGAAUGCCGGUGCUUUCAUGGAUUUAGUGGGGAAGAAUGCUCUGAGAAACUGCAAUUGGAAUGUAAUUACCCCAAAACACCAGAGCUACCUUAUGGGCGGUGGGUUGUCUCCAUUUGCCCUGCUUAUUGUGACACAACAAGAGCAAUGUGCUUCUGUGGAGAAGGCACAAAAUACCCCAAUCGUCCCGUGGCAGAGGCAUGUGGGUUUCAAGUGAACUUACCUUCUGAAUCUGGUGGUCCGAAAUUGACUGACUGGGGAAAGGCUGAUUUGGACAAUAUCUUUACAACAAAUAAAAGCAAACUAGGGUGGUGUAAUGUGGAUCCACACGAAGCAUAUGCUUCAAAGGUGAAAUUUAAAGAGGAAUGUGACUGCAAAUAUGAUGGUCUUUUUGGGCGUUUCUGUGAAGUGCCUGUGCAAAGUAUUUGUAUCAAUCAAUGCUCUGGACAUGGAUAUUGCCGGGGCGGAUUUUGUCAGUGUGACAAUGGCUGGUAUGGAACAGACUGCAGUAUUCCAUCGGUUGUAUCAUCAGUAAGCGAGUGGCCUCAGUGGCUAAGACCUGCUCUCCUUGAUGUUCCUGAUAAUUCACAUGUCAUCCAGAAACUUGUCAAUCUCAAUGCUGUGGUCGAGAAGAAGAGGCCCCUUAUAUACGUAUAUGAUUUACCACCUGAGUUCAACAGUCUACUUCUUGAGGGGCGACAUUUUAAGUUCGAAUGCGUAAACAGAAUUUAUGAUGGUAGGAACGCAACAAUAUGGACUGAUCACCUUUAUGGUGCACAGAUGGCACUGUAUGAAAGUCUUUUAGCCAGUCCAUAUCGAACAUUAAAUGGAGAAGAAGCUGACUUUUUCUUUGUUCCAAUUCUCGAUUCAUGCAUCAUAACACGUGCAGAUGAUGCUCCCCACUUGAGUAUGCAGGAUCAUAUGGGCUUGAGGAGCUCUCUUACUCUGGAAUACUACAGAAAGGCAUAUGAUCACAUUGUUGAGCAUUAUCCUUACUGGAACCGCACAUCAGGAAGGGACCAUAUUUGGUUUUUUUCAUGGGAUGAAGGUGCUUGCUAUGCCCCUAAGGAGAUAUGGAAUAGUAUGAUGUUGGUUCACUGGGGUAAUACAAAUUCAAAGCAUAACCAUUCAACCACAGCCUACUGGGCUGAUAACUGGGAUAAGAUAUCUUCUGAUAGAAGAGGCAGGCAUCCGUGCUUUGAUCCUGAUAAAGAUCUUGUGCUCCCUGCUUGGAAACGUCCUGAUGUCAGUGCUUUGAGCACCAAACUUUGGGCUAGGCCCCUUGAAAGGCGCAAGACAUUGUUCUUUUUUAAUGGAAAUCUUGGACCUGCAUAUCCCAAUGGAAGGCCAGAACUUUCGUAUAGCAUGGGGAUCAGACAGAAACUAGCAGAAGAGUUUGGAUCGAGCCCUAACAAGGAUGGAAAACUUGGGAAACAGCAUGCAGAAGAUGUAAUUGUGACCCCUUUGCGUUCUGAAAACUAUCAUGAGGAUUUAGCCAGUUCUAUUUUCUGUGGGGUGCUGCCUGGGGAUGGUUGGAGUGGCCGUAUGGAAGACAGCAUUUUGCAAGGGUGCAUUCCUGUGAUCAUUCAGGAUGGGAUUUUCCUGCCAUAUGAGAAUGUGCUCAACUACGAGAGCUUUGCUGUUAGAAUCCGUGAAGAUGAAAUUUCAAAUUUGUUAAAGAUUCUUCGGGGAUUUAAUGAGACAGAAAAGGAGUUCAAGUUGGCAAAUGUACGAAAAAUCUGGCAAAGAUUCUUGUAUCGUGAUACAGUGUUGCUUGAAGCUAAGAGACAGAAAACUGCUUUUGGUCAUGAGGAAGAUUGGGAAGUUGAAUUCUUACAAUUAGUUAAUGAUGACGUCUUCACAACAUUUAUACAGAUUCUGCACUACAAGCUGCACAAUGACCCUUGGAGGAGACAACUUAGUCAUCUAAAGAAGGACUUUGGGUUACCACAAGAAUGUCUAAGAACCAAUUGAAGAGCUAAAACACAUAUAGAAAAAUAUUGCUGUAACUGAUGGGUUCCUGAAGUGAAAGAGAGCACAAAUGACAGCUUGUUUACUUCUUGGAAAACCGAACCGGUGGCGGGUACUGCCCUUUAAAGCCAAAUUCUCCCAUUCUGCCAAAUUCUUCUAGCUUACUAACCACAGAUACCUACAGGUAGAAAAAGAUUGUAGCUUUCACCUCAAAAAAAAAGAAAAAAGAAGACAGACUUUCACCAGAGUCACCUGCAUCAUGAUGUAUAAUCGCUCCCGAUGAACAUAUGCUUCAUAUUUUCAGAGUUGUGUUGUUCUGUAGGUUGUUUGCUGGAAAUUCAUUAGAUUCUUAAGAUAGGAAGGAAACUUAAAGCAUCCAAUCACAUGCCAAUAGAUGCAAAAAGGCAAUUGUGUAUUUUGAUGGCUAUGCAUUCUUUUUGGACCGUCUCAUCACAGUAGAAUAGAAAGUGAAACUGUUAAUAGAGUAA